AUGUAUGAGAUGAGAUCAGGGAAAAAUGCACAUUAUAUCAAUACUAAAACCAGAAAAGGCAAGAUGCGUUUAUCGCGUGUAUGUGUUCCUGUUUGUAAACAAGAUGGUAUCCUCUACUCUCCUCAGUCACUGUCAAUGCCACUAACAACAACUGUGUAUCAAGAUAAAGAGAACAAGCUAGACAAUGCAAAGCAGAGCCUGACAUCACGGCAGAGCCUUGGAAAGCAAGUCAAACCGGAUUCUCAGGCUAGACCUCGAACAAUAUUGGGAUCUACAAACGUCAAUAGCAAACAGAUCCUAGACAAGAGGAACCUGAUUCAUCCAAAACAGCUGACCGUCUUGAAUGAAAACAACCUGGAAUCUCAGGAUGAAAUUGAAAUAGUUCCAACACUAGAUGAGCCAAAUCUAUCCGAUAGAGAAGCCGAUUCAGAGACCGAGUCAGAGGGGAUCACAUAUUCAGAACCCACCACAUUUAGAAUAGAAAAGUUUCAGGAUUUGAAGCCAUACACAGAUUCACUGUACUCUCAAGAUUAUAAGCAUAUACCCAAACUCGACUCGAGAGAGCUAAAAAAAGAGGAAGAAGACUUCUUGCUACAGUUAGAUGAACAGAUUGAAGAAGAUCACCAAAAAAACAAAGAAAAGCUACUACCAUUCCCACUACAUUCGCAAAACGACAGCGACCUAAACAUAUACGGAGAUCUCAAUGUAUCUAAUCAGGAAUUAGAACGGAUGAUAUUUCUGUAG